GAGAUAUUCUGGUUAAGUAAGUAAUAUUCUUACAUAUAUGGUACCCAUUUUUAUUUACCCAUAUCCAAAAUAUGGCACUGUAUUGAUGGUUAUUUCAUUAUUUUAAGCAAUUCUGUUCUAAGUAUAUAUAAGAUCUUUUUAAUUGCUCUUCAUUUUGACUAUGUAUAGCACACCUAUGAGCUAUAUUUCAUAAAUGACCUUACAAUUAAACUAUAAUUCAAAUUUAAAGACAUGGAUGUAAUGCUAUUUGUUCUGUGGGGCAAACCUCUGAUAACAAGUAUCAAAUGAUCGAAGACCAUUAACAUGUUAUAAACUAUAGAUGAACAGUCAUAUUGUAAAAGGCUUGUGUUACACAGGAAACAAUACAAGAAAACAGAAUCACUUCAGCAGCAAGAUAAAAAUGUCUAAACUUUGUUAAAUGAAAAAAUUCGGAACUAACUUACUAAAUUAUAAACAUGGAGGAAGAGAAGCAGCCACAACUGAUUUUUUUCCCGGCAGAAGAAGACACAUCAAACAAUGAUAAACUUAAAAGCUCCAAGCAAUCCUUAUCUUCCCAAAUGUCAAUCAAGAUUAAAGUCAGCCCAACAACAUAUACUGAAGUUGACGAAGUGACUGAGCUAAGAGAUCAACUAACAGACUCCUUGACAAGGGAUGAUGUAGCUGGGUUUGCUAAAUUCAUGGUCACAUUCGAAAAGCAGGUAUCCCAGGGUAUUAUCAAAGGUCUCUUGGAUGAAAGAUUGUUAAUGGAUGGAAAUGGAUUCAACCUCCUACAACGUACAGUCAUUCGGGACAACUUUGAAAUAAUAAAGACAUUACUCCCUCAUUGUGACGAAUCAGUGUUCAAUCAUAGAAACAGAGGUCCUGUAGAGGGUGGUACAGUUCUACAUGAUUGCGUUAUAAAGGACAGACAAGACAUUAUCAAGAUCAUUGCUGAUAAGCUAAGCAGUGGUGAUUUUAAGGCAUUGCUGGCAAGUCAGGCUGUAGGUUCAUUCAUAAAGACUAAUUUUCAGGGCCAUGAACUACCUCUGUUCCUUGCAUGUUGGACUCGUAACCUCCAGAUGAUAAGAUAUCUAUUAACCAUUUGCCCAGAGGCAUUAUACAUGACAGACUCAAAUGGUCAAAAUUUGCUGCAUUGCUUGGUAAACAUAGCUCAUGAAGGUGGAACUAAAUUUGCUGCAAGUGUUUUCAAAAUGAUCUUUGGGUCCACAGGAGGCAAGGUAGCUAUUGAGCAUUUACUGAUAAAAACCUGCAAAACACCCCAACAUGAAAGACCACUGUCUUAUGCAUUACGUCUUGGUGAACUGUCCUUCGCCCAGUUAAUUAUCAACACCAGUCUAAAGAAUGAAAAAGUUCAAUACGGACCAGCACGCUUCACUGAAUAUGAUAUCACAGAUCUGGAAGUCUGCCCUGAGGUGAGAAAAGCCGAUUUUAUUCCAGGAAUCAUCAUGAUUGGUACAUCAUCUAACCUCAAUAGGCUCCAGUCCAUUUUACACAUGGAACCAUGGGUUACGAUUCAGAACCUUCGUUGGGACUAUUACAAGUUCAGUCUUCUAAGGAUGUUCAUCACUCAAGCUAUAAUGUUAAUUCUUAUGACCAUAGGAAUCAUAAUGACACCAACGCGUGCUUUAAGUCAGGAACUGAGGGCAAAUUUUACAGCUCAACAAGCUGCGCUUAACCAAUCACUGACAUUACUUCAAGAACUUGGUUACUUUGGAACGGAAGGUACUGUGACAUUUGUAUUCCAAAACAUUUUUACAUUAUAUGGAAUAUCAAUAUUUGUAAGCACCUUAUUUUACUUGAUGAAAAUGGUAAUUAUAUCACAGCAAAGGGGGCUUCAAUUCAGUGAGUUUGUACAAAGGAUGUCUAACCCAGUGACUGGCAAUGGAAUCUACAUAUUCCUAAGUCUGUUAUUUAGUCUGUCAAUCAUCCUUGGUAACAUUGCAGUGUAUUUCAACUACCCUGAAGUUGAUAUCUUAUUUAUGUUGGAGUUGAUCGCUGGGUUCUGCUCAAUGACAUUCUACUUCAGAUGCCUUGAUUAUACAUCAUUCUUUACAGUCACUGUCAAUAAGAUGUUGUUUGGCGAUGUUGUUCGUUUCUGUGCUAUUAUAUCUGGAUAUCUGGUUGGUUUCGGGGGAGGUUUCUAUGUCAUGUUUAAAAAUAAACAAGGUGGGCCACCUGAAGAGGCGAGUAACUUUGGGGAGACACUAGUGACAACUUAUAGGCUCAUGAUCGGCAUGGCAGAUUUUUCAACCUUGAAGGUGGACUACGAGUUAAUUGUCGUUAUCCUUUAUAUUGCCUACACAAUCCUCAUGACCAUCAUGUUGUUUAAUAUGCUCAUUGGUAUUAUGGCAAACACAAUCAAUGAUGUGUCAGAUAAGAGGAAAUACCUAGGCAAUCUACAGCGGUUAUCUACAUUAAUUUAUGCAGAACAAACUGAAUUUAGAAAGCCAUUUGCAUCAAGGUGUGUCCAAAAUGGUAAAAUGAAAGUGAAAACGGUUCCUUUUGCCGGGACACAUCUGAAACGACUUUUUAUUGAAUGUCUUGAAAUUCAAAAUGAAGAUGAAUCAAACGAAGUAGUAGAGGAAAAACAGAAAUAUAUUUUAGGAAUCAAAAUCAAUAACCCAUUAAAGAACAGCUCCCAUCAUACUAAAGUGACACAUUCUCACACAGAAUAGUUGGUAAAAUGCCGAUCAAAAUUUCAUUUCAUUUGAAAAUUCCUAAACUUGAACAUUUCCUUCAUUCAUUAUGGACUAUUUUGAGAUAAUACAGGGUGAGCCAAAAAGGUACUUAAACUUGAACAUUUCCUUCAUUCAUUAUGGACUAUUUUGAGAUAAUACAGGGUGAGCCAAAAAGGUACUUAAACUUGAACAUUUCCUUCAUUCAUUAUGGACUAUUUUGAGAUAAUACAGGGUGAGCCAAAAAAGGUACUUAAACUUGAACAUUUCCUUCAUUCAUUAUGGACUAUUUUGAGAUAAUACAGGGUGAGCCAAAAAAGGUACUUAAACUUGAACAUUUCCUUCAUUCAUUAUGGACUAUUUUGAGAUAAUACAGGGUGAGCCAAAAAAGGUACUUAAACUUGAACAUUUCCUUCAUUCAUUAGCCAAAAAAGGUAAUCCUAACAAUUCUUAAUAACUUAGUCAUCCUGCAUGAGUUUUGUGUCAUAUCUGGCACAAUUAGGCCUUGUCCAAUAUAUUGUCAUUCUACCA